CAUCGACGGGGAUCAAGUUUGCAUCAACCCUUCAACGCGAAAUCAAUCGCAGACAACCCUAGUCUCAAUUGUAAAAGUAUCAGCGGUGGGUGACGUGGCUAGAUUCAAUUGGCUUCAUCGCCAUAGAAAUUUACGCAAACUUUACACUUCAAAGCCCACUUCGACCAGUAGUCAGAGGAGGGUUGUUCCUCCCCCUUUCUCCGUCUUGCAUUCUUGAUCGUCAACGUCUCCUUCCAGAGCCAGAAACCCUGGAAAGGGUUCCCGUAUGCGAGUAGAAGAGCCAAGGACGGAUUUGCAAAAUUUUAAGUCACUUUUUUCAAGGACAUGGGACCAACAAGAGAAAGCAACCAGUACAAAAUUCAACGGCAGGGUCCAAGCUUGUUGUUAAGAGCAAUUCAAGAAAGAAUGUCUGCCAAUAAAGAGAAGGAAGAAACUACUGAGUUGCCAGAAACUAAGUGGGGAUGGGUGGCACCUCUUCCACAGGACUUGGUUUUCAAGAUUCUGCUACUACUUCCUGCCGAAUCUCUUCACAGGUCGACCUUUGUAUGCAAGGCAUGGUUUAAUUUGAUUAAGAGCUCCAAUUUCAUUGAAGCCCAGAUUCCUCUGUCUGAAACUGUCUUUAUCUUUCUAGAGACAAUUUCCCAAAGAAGGCCUAAGACUUUCUAUAUUGAAUCCAAGCUUGGUCUGUCACAAGAUCCAGAACAGUACUCAAUUUUUAUCACAAGGCAACCUUAUAGAUCUUAUCUCAAUUUCUUGGAGAUACAAGAUGGAAAGGGAAAGGUUAACAAGUCCAGUGUAAGUGGCUUUAAGGUUGUCCUAGCAACAUGUAAUGGUUUGAUUUUGGCUACAUGUGAACAGAAUGGCGGGUUACUAGUAAUGAAUCCAGUGACUAGGAAGCUGAUUGCAAUUCCGCUAGGUACUAUUGUUCCUCGUAGUGAGUCAUAUGGGUUCAUUUUCAGCCACUUGACAAGGGAAUAUAAAGUGGUUCACUUAUUUCGGGAUGAAAGUAGACAUAUUGGUUGUGAGAUACUGAGUCUUAGUACAAGAAAAUGGCGGGGAGUGGAUGGACCUUCUUUUGGACUAUUUAGACGGUUCCAUUACAGUCCAGUUGCAGCAAUUGGAGCCUUGCAUUGGCUUCCUGACAAACAUGGCUGCCGUGACCUAGUGUCAAUGAGCUUUGAUGAUGAAAAGUUUCACACCACGAAUCUUCCCCUUCCCAGCAGCGUAAAUGAUAGACUAGUGGAGAUUGGGGGAUUUCUGGGGUUCGUGGCUCGUGUCGGGCUGAAUAAAAUAGAGGUGUGGGUGUUGAAGGGAUUACAAGGGGAAUCUUGGGUAAAGAGGCAUAUAAUCACCAGUGACAUACAAGAUCUGGCUCCCCUUUCCACUUUGCAGCAUGGCAGAGAGAUGGUGUUCAAGGGAAGCAGAGAUUCCUCAUUUUGUACUUACAAUUUCGAAAGCCGAGAGAUGAAGAAGGUUGAGAUGGAAACUGAGACUGUCCACGGCAGCCGCAGAUCUUACCUCCCUCAUGUCAAUACCCUUGCCUCGUGGGAGAGCCUUGGGGCCCUGUGGUAGAAGCCAUAUAAUGUGUCUUUAGAAUGAAGCAAUUUGAAAUGUUUAUGCGUAGUGCAAGUAGUAUGAACUUUGUAAAGUGAAGCCCAUGGUGGCGUGCGUUGCUGUGUGACUGGACAUGGAUGGUUCUAUGCUGUUGUGCUUUGGAGUAUAAUUUUCAUGUAAAGGAGCAGAUUAUCUAAAGAGUUCUCUCUCUGGUUUUGCUGCCUUUAUGGCAUACAUUUAGACGUCUGCGAAUUCCAUUUUCUUCUCAUU